CUAAAAAUAUUAUUGCUCAUCAGUUGAAGAUAGCACUUGAUGGCGAUCACACCUUCUCAAAAAUCUUCUCGAUUUUCAAGUUUAAUUCUUUAUUCUCAAGUUGAUUGACUUUCAUUGUUGGUUUUUUCAAUCCAAGUUAUUCCAUAUCAACUGAAUAUGACGAGCGGAAAAUACUUUGUGUGUCUACUUCUAAUGUUGCUUGCUGCUCCUGAGUGCUUUGCUAAGCAUCGGAAACAUACAGAUAAGCCGCUGAACGAGAACCAACCAACGAUGUUUGCCACGUCGCCCCCGCUCGAAAUGCCCAUGUAUGAAGAAGAUUCAGGACCCGCCCUCAUCGCCGCUGACCCAAUGGCCUCCAAGUAGGUACCCUUUCUAUCAAGCGGGCAUCCGUCGCCACCCCAAACUCUUCCUUGAUACCCUCCCCCAAACCAACCUGCCCAAUUACAUGGCAAGAGGCAUGCAACUCGACAGCAAUGUCUACAAGAUUGUUACCAUGACUCCAAAUGGCUUCAAAGACUACGCAACUUUGAUUUCCAGAAAGUACUUGGAUAUUGACGAAAAAGUGAAAAAAGAAAAAGGCAGGAAGAAUGGACAGUAAUGGACAGUGAGGGCAGAAAUGGACAGUAAUGGGAAACAGUGUUAUUCGUGACAUGCCUGACUAGAUUGCCUAUCUAGAUUGAUAUUUCCAAUAAAAAUUGAAUAUGAACACAGACAAAAGACAGAAGGGAUAUUGAAGAAUCGAUGGAAGAUUCCUUUAUAAUUCUUUUCUCUAAAAUGAUUGUGGCUGAUUCCAAUUAUUAUUAGGCUAAAAAAUAGAAUUAUGAAAUUCAAAUCCAAUUAAAAUCUAGAUAUAAGAUUUAUGAUAUUACUGUGAAUAAGAAUCAUAUCUGUACACCAUACAGUUUAGUUCAAUAUUAAUUAUUAUUAGUAGGCCUAUAAUGUGUCAAGAUUAUUUAUGACUUUUUUUGUUCUUAAUUCAGUUGUUUUUAUUAUUAGUGCUGGAAAUAUUCAUUUCGCCACACUGCACAGAAAGCAGCUGUUUUCCAGUCCCUAUGUAGAUCUGAAAGACAUUGUUUGCAGACGACUCUCGUCUGACGUAAGAAACAGGUUUCUUUCCGGCAAAGGCUGGAAAGAGUACCCUCUCUGGCCGCUAACAUGGAACUAAGAAAGGUGAAAGAGAAAUGGUCUUUAGAAUUGGGAGCUAAUGUAUCGGAUUUUCGGAUAGAUAUUGAUGCAAUGCAUCUGAUGAUGAUAAUGAUAUGAUGCAAUGCAUCUAUUUAUUGUCUCUUUUGAUUUAAAAAUCAUCACCCAAGCCAAGCUAGAUGACAACUCUACUUGACAACAUCGGGUGUUGGAACGCUAACGCACAUGAGACUCACGAAACUGCCUAAUCAGCUAUACCUGUAGUGUGGUGAAAAAUAUUGUACGCGACUCUCUCAGGAAGGUGUUUACGGUAUUCAGAUAACAUAUUCCCGAAACUAUCCUCAUACUGUGAACACUAACUUUCUGUGCUUGUAGCACAAUAUACUAAUUUCAUAGCCAUAUAGUUUUGUUUUUUGUUUUUUCAAUCAUAAUAUUUGAAUUCAAUCUUCAAAUGUUUUCAAUUAUUAAGCCGUGUCCACACUAAACAAAUGUUUGACAUACAUGUUCGGCAAACAUGUUUGUUGAAGGGAUCAGGGACAAACAUUUUUAAAAAAUUGGUCAAUCAUUGUUUGUCAAACAAAAAAUAAUUACUGUCCAAACAUUUUCAGUUUUUGCUGAGGAACAUAAAACCUGCUCUCCCCACUCAAUAUUUUGUUUGGUGAUUCGUCCACACUGGCCACGAGCAAACAUAAUAAAAUCUGCCCAAACUGUUUCAACAAACAUGUUUGUCGAAUAUUUGUUCAGUAUGGACCUAGAGAGCAAUUGGAAAACUUCGAAUUUGCUGAGAAAGGAAACCAAAAAUGAAUAAUGAAGAUAAUAUAGUCAAAGUGUCCUACAUUCUUAUACUUUCGUCUUUGAAAUUCAAAUUCAAAUUAUAUAUUUGCAUUUUCAUCCGUUUACAAUAUUAUUUACAACAUUUAAAGAAUUUCUGCAUUGUCAGCAUACAGAAUUCAACAUAUAUUAAGUUUUAUAAAUCACAAAUUCAUAAAAUACAUAAUAAGACACUAAAACUAUUGUAUUAUGAAUUAUGAUUAUUCCAAUCUUUUUGAUAGUAUACUGUGGGUUGCAUAUUUUCUCAGUUUUUGCAAAAAAGAAGAAUCAUUCUCUUGGCAGUUCAAACAAAUUUCUGUCUAUUGUAUAGGUACCGUACAGAUACAAGCAAUUUAUACGUAUAUGGUGUGUUAAAAUGUUACAUGUAAUCCAAAUAAAUAACAAUAAACAUAUUUCUUCAAA